AUGGCCACAUCAGCUUCCAAUAUCACCUCAACCCAUCCGGCAGUCUUUGUGUUAAUGGGAAUCCCAGGCUUGGAGCACUUACAUAACUGGAUUUCCAUUCCCUUCUGCUCAGCCUAUACUUUAGCCCUGCUAGGCAACUGUACCCUCCUCUUCAUUAUUCAGGCUGAUGCAGCCCUCCAUGAGCCCAUGUACCUCUUUCUGGCCAUGUUGGCAACCAUUGAUCUGGUCCUCUCUUCUACAACACUUCCCAAAAUGUUAGCUGUUUUUUGGUUCAGAGAUCGGGAGAUCAGUUUCUAUGGCUGUCUGGUCCAGAUGUUCUUUCUCCAUUCCUUCUCUAUCAUGGAGUCAGCAGUGCUGCUGGCCAUGGCCUUUGACCGCUACGUGGCUAUCUGUAAGCCCCUGCACUACACCACAGUGCUGACUGGGCCCCUUAUCAUCAAGAUUGGCAUGGCUGCUGUGGCUCGGGCUGUGACACUAAUGACUCCACUCCCUUUUCUGCUGAAACGCUUCCACUACUGCCGAGGCCCCAUGAUUGCCCACUGCUACUGUGAGCACAUGGCCGUGGUAAGGCUGGCCUGUGGGGAUACUCGCUUCAACAAUAUCUAUGGCAUUGCUGUGGCCAUGUUUAUAGUGGUGUUGGACCUGCUGUUUGUUAUCUUGUCUUACAUCUUCAUCCUUCGGGCAGUCCUACAGCUUGCCUCUCAGGAGGCCCGCUACAAGGCCUUUGGGACUUGUGUCUCUCACAUAGGUGCAAUCUUAGCUUUUUACACACCUGUAGUCAUCUCCUCAGUCCUGCACCGUGUGGCUCGCCGGGCUGCUCCUCAUGUUCACAUACUCUUUGCUAAUUUCUAUCUGCUCUUCCCACCCAUGAUCAAUCCCAUCAUCUAUGGUGUCAAGACCAAGCAGAUUCGUGAGAGUCUUAGGACUAUUCCCAAGAAAGAAUGUCUAAGUGUAGAGUGA